AUGAUAAGAUCCAACAACGUGAAAUUCCAAGUCUAUGACGCAGAGCUGACACAUUUCAACUUCGAGGACAAGAACAACUACCUCCAUUACAAUCUCACUUUGAACCUAUCCAUCCGAAACUCCAAGAGUAGUAUCGGCAUCCAUUACGACCGGUUUGAAGCAAACGUUUACUACAUGAACCAUCGGUUAGGAGCGGUUCCCGUGCCGUCGUUCUACCAGGGAAGCAAGAACACGACGGUUCUCAAAGCAUUGUUCGAAGGCCAAAACGUAGUUUUACUCGACGAUAAGGACGCAACAAGUUUGAAGAUGAUCGGAAGAGUGGGGUUUACAGAAUCGACGUGA